CUACCGAUACACGCUAAGAUAGUAUUCGAUAAUUAUAUAUGAUAUAGGUAAAAACAAAUUUUGCUUGGCUAGUAACUACUGUCAAUAAAGUUCCUGCUUUAAGUUUUUGAAAUAUGUCUCGAGAUGGCAGCCGCGUCAAACUGCAGACUCACUCCACUUUCUGUGUAGGGUCGCGUCUACUCGAAGACCGUGGACAACCCAGGAUAACCGUGGAUGGAACAAAGAUGAGAUAUCGGGCGUCCGUUUGAGGUUAGACAAAGGGUGUCGCGGUCAUUUUCGGCCUCGUGUAUUUUCACCCGCAGUGAAAAAUAAAGAUAUCAAUAGAUCCUUGUGCAUGCGACGUGAUCACCAGCCGCCAUCAUGAGUAAAAUGUACUCGACGGCGAACCUGUCCGACAAGGAGCUGAAGGAACAGGGAAACCGUCUCUUCGAUCUACACAAAUACGAGGACGCAGCUAGCUGUUACACGAAAGCGAUCAUGAAGAAUCCAGGUCAAGCAUUAUAUUACACAAAUCGGGCGCUGUGUCACUUGAAGCUAAAACGAUGGGAGUCUGUGUGCAAGGAUUGCAGAUGGGCUUUGGAUAUAGAUCCUUGUUUGAUGAAAGGUCAUUUCUUCUUAGGACUAGCUCUACUUGAAUUGGAGCUGUUUGAUGAAGCUGUUAAAUAUCUGCAGAGAGCCGUAGACUUGGCGAAAGAACAAAAGCUAAAUUACGGCGACGACAUCACUAGUGUAUUACGCCAAGCUAAGAAACGUCGGUUCCAAGUAAGAGAAGAGCAAAGAAUUUCUCAGGACAUCGAACUACAAACUUACCUGAAUCAGCUGAUCGUGGAUGAUGCGAAGCGUAACUUAGCAACUCUGCAAGAACAGGAGGCAGUAAAGGAUUCCGACGUUGAAACGAAUUCGGCCGAAUUUGGCAGGAGAAAAGAGGAGAUCGAGGAGAAGAGAGACACUUGUAUAUCGAGACUCAAUGAUCUCUUCGCUAAGGUCGAUGAGAGAAGGCGGAAAAGAGAAGUACCCGACUAUUUAUGUGGCAAGAUUAGCUUUGAGAUCCUGCAGGAGCCAGUGAUCACGCCCAGUGGAAUUACAUACGAACGGAAAGACAUUGAGGAACAUCUCCAACGGAUCGGUCACUUUGAUCCGGUCACGCGCGUACGUUUGACACAGGAUCAGUUAAUCCCAAACCUGGCGAUGAAAGAAGUAGUCGAUACCUUCCUGCAAGAAAAUGAAUGGGCCUUACAUUACUGAUGCCGAUAUGUAGCGUACUGCCAGUAAAUUUAAGCUAGGGUGAUGGCGACUUUCAGCGAUGGAAGAAGGAAACGUGAUGCUUUGUGACGAAGAGAUUUAGAGAUGAAUACAUCAAAAAGAAAUCUCAAGAGAGUGUAAAAUAGUAGACUGUACAUGUAAAGGACUAAGUAUCUUGUUACCGUGAAAUAUUUUUACACGCCAUACGAGACGUGCAAGCUAUUGUUAUUAUAAUGUAAGUUUACUAAUAAAUAGUUAACAUGAUAAGAUUUGUUGUAAGCACGUACAGAUUUUAUAUAUAUAUGUAUAUAUGUAUACAUAUAUAUAAUUCUAUAAGUGCUGCACAUAUACAAUUAUUAAUCACAUAUAGGACUUGGUAAUUUACCUUUCGAUCAACAAUCUUUGAUUUACAAAGAUGAAAUUUUUGUAAUAGUUUAUUAAAAACGAUUAAAGUUGUAUUGAAAAUUAUUUUUCUUUUAAAAUUGAAAUCUUAAAAAAUUAAACAAAGGUUCAAAAGUUGACUGAAAGUUUUCACACAUAUACACGGCUCAAAGGAAAAAUCUAGAUAAUAAGCGCUAUGUAGCAUCUGUAUAAUUAUUGUUUUACCAUAAAUAAUAAAUUAUUUAUUUUAUCACCAAAA